GACGAAUAUGUCGGGGACGGAACCCCGCACGAUAGAGCACGGCAGAGGCGUUGCCGCGUCGGUCAAGUUACCUCGGACAUUUAUCUUGGAGUAUUUAAUGCAGUCUCUUGUGGUCACCGUAGUUCAGUCCUUGGUCUCUAUCUAUCAUUUGAGUUGGUUCUAAGAAGCAACGUUUACAAGACUGAAAUACAUAUUACAAUGGAUCUAACAAAGACACCUCGAAAGGUCUGGGAACACCCCAAUCCCAAGAGCACGGCGAUGUGGGCAUUUAUGCAAGAGGCAAACAAAUUACAUGGACUUAAUCUCAAGACAUUCAACGACUUAUACCAAUGGUCCGUCUCUAAGCGCAGCGACUUCUACGCUCAACUCUGGGCCUCUCAAAACUGGAUCCACGAGGGUUCCUACUCAUACGUCGUAGACGAAUCAAUCCCAAUCACAAAACUUCCCGCUUGGUUCCCAGGUAUUCGCAUCAGCUACGCCGAGAAUCUCCUCUGGACACGUGCCAUAGGCGGUGCACCAGGCGAGCGCUCAACGCUUCACAAAGAAGAUGAUACUAUCGCUAUCACAGAAGUCAGAGAGGGUAAUUCCUCCGUGAAGAAUGUUACUUGGGGAGAGUUGAGGAGAAGAGUGGGAGAGCUGGCGAGUGCGUUGAAGCAGAGAGGUGUUCAGAAGGGAGAUAGAGUCGUUAUGGUUGGUGCUCAUGCUGUUGAGACACUUGUUGUAUUUCUGGCUGCAACUUGGCUUGGGGGGUUAUUUAGCAGUAGCUCGACGGAUAUGGGCGUUGGAGGGUUGUUGCAGAGGACUGUUCAGAUUGACCCCAAGUUUGUCUUCUUUGAUGAUGGGGCUCUUUAUAAUGGAAAAGUUAUCGAUCUUCGCGAUAAGAUCGAGGGAGUUGUCGAAGGAAUGAAAGAAUGCCCUUCUUUCCAAGGCGCCAUCAUCGUUCAACGUUUCGACUCUCCUCACGAUACUUCUCAAAUCCCCAAGACACAACGUCUCGAGUCUUUCCUCUCAUCCGCACCUUCAACUCCACCGCCCAUCGAAAGAGUUGGCUUUCAAGACCCAAUGGUAGUCUACUAUUCCUCCGGAACAACAGGAACACCAAAAGCCAUCGUCCACGGCGUUGGUCCAAUUCUCGUUUCAGUGGCUAAAGAGGCUAUUCUUCACCGCGAAAUCACCCCCAAGGAUGUUGCGCUUCAGUAUACUACUACAGGCUGGAUCAUGUAUCUUGCUAGCGUUACUCGACUUGCUUUUGGUGGACGAACUGUGUUUUAUGAUGGUUCGCCUUUUGUACCAGACCGUUCUGUGCUGUUACGGAUCGUAGAGGAGCAGCGUGUUACGAAUUUAGGAAUUAGUCCAAGAUGGCUGGGUGAGCUUAUGAAAGAAGGAAUAGUUCCUCAGAAAGAGGCAGAUCUGGGUAGUCUGACGGCUGUUCAGAGUACGGGAAUGGUGUUGAAGGAGCAGGUCUUCGACUGGUUCUAUGAUGGGGCGUUUCCAACGAAUAUCAAGUUGGCCAACUUUUCGGGCGGUACAGAUAUUGCUGCCUGCUUUGUCAUGGAGAAUCCUCUAUCUCCCAUCUACGCCGGUGGAUGUCCAGGGCGAGUUAUUGGAACACCGAUGGCAAUUUAUCCAUCUUCUCCAGACCUUGACAAACCGAUCUCACCGGUUCCUGAUGGUGAACCGGGAGACUUGGUCGGAACUGCAGCGUUCCCCAAUGUCCCUCUCUAUCUCUGGAACGAUACAACUCCCGCUCCAGGAAAGAAGUACACUUCAGCAUACUUUGAUCGAUUCCCCAAUGUGUGGUCACAGGGCGACUUUGCAGCAGUUCACCCACAAACAGGUCAUAUUCACAUUCUCGGCCGCUCAGACGGAGUUUUGAACCCCAGUGGAAUUCGAUUUGGAAGUGCCGACAUCUACGCUGUGCUUGAGGGAAGCUUUGCAAAGGAGGUUGCAGAGAGUCUCUGCGUAGGCCAGCGUCGACCUCAAGACCAUGACGAGAGCGUUGUUUUGUUCCUGCUGAUGAAACCAGGAGUCAAGUUCAACGCUGAACUCGCCAGUAGGAUCCGAGAGAGGAUCGCUAAGGAGUUGACGAAGAGGCAUGUCCCCAAGUAUAUCUUUGAGGUGCCUGAUAUUCCAACAACUGUGAACGGUAAGAAGGUCGAACUUCCAGUCAAGCAGAUCAUAUCGGGCAGCAAUAUCAAGCCAAGCGGGACGUUGUUGAACCCUCAGAGUCUGGACUUUUUCUAUCAGUUCCAGAAGAUUGAAGAGAUCGAUCAAGUUAAAGCAAAGUUGUAGAGAUACUAGAUAAACAUGGGGUAUACAAAGACAAUACAAGUUACAAAUCCUCCUCCUUCUUGGGAAACUUGCCCCCAUUCACACCAAAUCUCCAAGCCAUCCAUGCCAAAGCUCCCCCCAUACUUCCCAGUCCCAGUCCUCCAACCGCACCUCUCCAGCCCUUUAGAGCAUUGGCCCCUAUCAAAGCCCCAGCUCCAGCGCCUAUAGCAGUCCAGUCAUCAGUCUCAAGCUGACCUCGGUUCUCAAGUAAUCUCCAACUUCGAUCCUGCCACUCAACUUCUUCUCUUCCACGCAUACGACUGAUUGUCAUGAGAGCUCCUACACCAACCGCCGCGACUGCGCCUGUUGAUGCAGAGCGGAUGAGACGUGGGAAGAAUGUUAAAGUUGGAGUUUUUGGGCGGAGAAAGGGGACGAAGUGGCGUGUUGUUGUUAUGCCCGUUGCGAUGAUUGAGCUUAGUGUUAUCGCUCGCGCGAUAACGUGUGUUGUGAGUAUUGUUCGUGCAAGAGGCUGAUCCUCUGCAUAGGGAGUAUGAGGAAAGAAUCGUGACAUUUUAUUUGUUGUUCUUGUUUGUAACAACAAGUAAAUAAAGAGUGAAGAGUAUCGGAUAUUGUAUAAGCUGACGUCCAAUGCUUUGUUCUUAUAUACAUUCUACGCCGCGUCAUAUCAUCAAGCCACUUCCACUUUCAGACGCCAAAAG